AUCCCCGAGCCCGACAUUGUCUCAUGGACGUGUAUGGUUGGAGUUUAUGCCCAGAAUGGAGAUCUAGAACACGCGAAGCUUUCUCUCAGAGCUUUCACGUUUACGAAGCAAAGAGGAUGUUUGACUCCAUGCCAGAGCACAGUGCGUUUUCUUGGAAUGCGCUGAUGCUCAUCUGUGCUCGUCAUGGACUUCUCGGAGAAGUGGUAAGAAUGUUUGACGAGAUUCCAGAAGCUGGGAUUGUAACUUGGAACAUUUUUCUCCAGGCUUACGUCCGAAAGGGAUUGAUCCGAGAGGCAAAGGCUGUGUUCUACCGAAUGCGUCUGUGCAAUGCGGUGUCAUGCACCGCGAUGAUUUUAGCCUGCGGUCUUAACGGAGAGAUGGAGGAGGCCACAAAAGUUUUUCAAGGUAUGGUGGAGCGAGACGUAGUGGCUUGGAACACGAUGAUCCAAGGUUUCCUGGAGAACCAUCUGUGGACAGAAGCUAAAGCUCUCUUUGACGAGAUGCCUCACAAGGACGUGACUUCUUGGACGAGCAUGGUUUCGGCAUUUGGUCGCCAGGGAAUGGUGGAAGAAGCAAGGAAGAUGUUUGAAGCAAUGCCGAAGUACGACGUGGUGUCCUGGAACGCUAUGAUCCAAGCUUACGUUGAUGCCGGGAGAUUGGAAGAGGCUAGAGCCAUCAUGGACAGAAGUAUGCCUGCGACGAACGAGUUUAUAGAACCAUGGACAGUUUUGAUGGUCGGGUAUGCUCGAGCAGGCCAAGCCGAAGAAGCCAGAGAAGUUUUCGCGAGAAUGCCGGGGAAGAAUGCUGCUGCAUGGACAGUCAUGCUGGCUACUCAAGUCUCACAGGGAAAUGGUGGCGACAAGUUACUUGAGGCCAAGAAAGUUUUCGACGAGAUGCCGGAAAGGAGCCUCGUGUCCUGGAACCUCAUGCUGGGAUCUUGCUUUCAAGCUCGCGAACUCGAGCAAGCCAAGGUGGUGUUUGAAACAAUGCCCGAGAGAGACGAGAUAUCCUGGAACACAAUGCUGGCUGGCUACGGUGUUCAUCACGGGAAACUUUUGGAGGCCCAGGAGAUUUUCUACACGAUGCCAGCUCGCAGCAUUGUCUCCUGGAACUCACUGCUCGGAUCUGUCACUGGAAACGGCAACUUAGAAGCGGCAGCGCGGUUCUUCGAGCGUUUUCCCGAGAAGAACGUCGUCUCCUACAACACCAUGAUCGCGGGGAAUGCUCAGGCCGGAGAGCUGAGCUCUUGCUUCAAUCUGGUGGCGAAGAUGGCAAUCGAGGGACUCACUCUGGACGAGCAAUCCUUCUCCAGUGUUCUGGCUGCGUCCAGCCAUGGCGGAAAGCUAGAACAGGGACUCCGCCACUUCGUGCUCAUGAGCGGCGACUUUGGAAUCACAGCUUUGAGGGAGCACUACGAUUCAGUCACAGACAUCCUGGGACGGGCCGGGAACCUGGAACUCGCUCGAGAGGUCGUCCAAGCCAUGCCAUUUCUCCCGGAUCUUCUGGCUUGGGGAUCGCUACUCGGUGGCUACCAGAUGCAAAGUGGCCAAGGCUUCACGCAACGAGCAGCCAGGAGCGUUUUCGAGCUGGGCUUGGGGCGAGCAAACAACCAUACCAAGUGGUAGACAAAUUCACGUUAUAUCAUUGUUUUUAAAAUAUGAUUUGUAUGAUCAAACUACACCCUGGUUUACAUU